AUGGCCCAGCACCGGGAGGUAGCUGGGGCGUACUGGAAUCACGAACUCUCUCCCACAGAGGACUUCAUCAAGUACUACAACAGGGAGAAGACGCUUGUGAGAAAAGAUGACAUUGAUGGGGAAGGGUACGCCGCUUGUCGAACCUAUCGUCGUACAGGCUGGGCCAAACGUCCCGGCCACGAUGGCCUCAAAGAUGGCUUUGUGUAUGGUAUCAGUUCUGUCGUGACCCCUCCCCAGCAUUACCGUCGCGGCUACGCAACCUACAUGCUCUCCCUCCUCCAUCUCCAUCUCCAACCUCCUUCCUCCAUCCCAUCUUCUCUCCUGCCUCUGAAGCAGGAUGAGCUUGUCUCGGGCUUCAAGCCAGGACAAGCGGAUGAACUACCAGUAGCUCUCGGUUCGUGGCUCACGUCUGACGUCGGCUCGACUUUCUACUCGAAAUGCAGUCUACAAGAAGGUAGAAAAGCCUGGGUAGUAAACGACAGUCAAAACUCGGGUCUGAAAUGGGCUAUCAAGCCCACGGCUCCAGACUUUGACGAAGAUAAAGUGGAAUGGAUCUAUCGACCCGAUAUCGAGUCACUCAGCAAAGAGCUCUCCACCCGCGAGAAAGCUCGCCUGGCAGAGGCAGACGUCUCGAAAGGCGCGAUCUGGGCCGAAGACCCCGCGUCAACUGGUGCCCUCGCUUUCCUCCCCGUCAAGUCUACGUGGUAUGACCCCUCUUGCGCUCCUCACCCCGUCGGCGUGCGUAUCAAGACGGGUACCCCGGCAGAAGACCCUAUAGUGUUGUUUUUGACGAGUUUCUUCCCAAUCGGAUUUGAGUUUUUGGUCACACUCAUAUCUAAACUCACUCCCGAGUACUUUCCCUUGGCUCUGCAGGCCUUUGACAAGGCAGCGUCAGAUGCUGGGAGGGAGAGGGGAUUUAUCUGGGGUUUGGAUCCUUUCAGUGAGAUCGUGGAGGCGUGGAAGAAUCAGCCUGGGAGAGAGGUGGAAGUGAAGAAGAGGGCGGAGGCGAAGGGAGGUCUGAUGGGUACUGUCUACUAUGGCGAAGAGGGCCAGGAAGGUAGAAUGCUCGACGGGCAGAUGUGGCACUGGCUGUAG